CGCCCAGGCCCGCAGCGCGGCGCUGCAGCGCUAGGGGCGGAGAGGCAGAGCGCCCAUUGAGGACCAGGCGUCCAGUUCUCCCGCAUCCCACUGCCGCAGGAGAGAAGUGCGUCCCGGCUCUGCUCCCCAGCCUUCGCCCGGGCGCCCCCAGAGACCGAGCACCUGUCCUUUGCCUCGGCCUCCGGUGAGCUCUCGCCCCCGGAGCACGCACCACCCCUGCCGCUCAAGAAGUGCCCCAGCCCCACGCCGGCGACCACCAUGGCGGAGACCAACAACGAAUGUAGCAUCAAGGUGCUCUGCCGAUUUCGGCCCCUGAACCAGGCCGAGAUUCUGCGGGGGGACAAAUUCAUCCCCAUUUUUCAAGGGGACGACAGCGUCGUUAUUGGGGGAAAGCCAUAUGUCUUUGACCGUGUAUUUCCCCCAAACACGACUCAGGAGCAAGUUUAUCAUGCAUGUGCCAUGCAGAUUGUCAAAGAUGUCCUUGCUGGCUACAAUGGCACCAUAUUUGCUUAUGGACAGACAUCCUCAGGAAAAACACAUACUAUGGAGGGAAAGCUGCAUGACCCUCAGCUGAUGGGAAUUAUUCCUCGAAUUGCCCGAGACAUCUUCAACCACAUCUACUCCAUGGAUGAGAAUCUUGAGUUCCACAUCAAGGUUUCUUACUUUGAGAUUUACCUGGACAAAAUUCGUGACCUUCUGGAUGUGACCAAGACAAAUCUGUCUGUGCAUGAGGACAAGAACCGGGUGCCAUUUGUCAAGGGUUGUACUGAACGCUUUGUGUCCAGCCCAGAGGAGAUUUUAGAUGUGAUUGACGAGGGGAAAUCAAACCGUCAUGUGGCUGUCACCAACAUGAAUGAGCACAGCUCUCGCAGCCACAGCAUCUUCCUCAUCAACAUCAAGCAGGAGAACAUGGAGACUGAGCAGAAGCUCAGUGGGAAGCUGUAUCUGGUGGACCUGGCUGGGAGCGAGAAGGUCAGCAAGACUGGAGCAGAGGGAGCCGUCCUGGAUGAGGCAAAGAAUAUCAACAAGUCACUGUCAGCCCUGGGGAAUGUGAUCUCUGCGCUGGCUGAGGGCACUAAAAGCUAUGUUCCAUAUCGUGAUAGCAAAAUGACACGGAUUCUCCAGGACUCCCUGGGAGGAAACUGCCGGACAACUAUGUUCAUCUGCUGCUCACCAUCCAGCUACAAUGAUGCAGAGACCAAGUCUACCCUGAUGUUUGGGCAGCGGGCAAAGACUAUUAAGAACACUGCCUCAGUGAAUCUAGAGUUGACUGCUGAGCAGUGGAAGAAGAAAUAUGAGAAGGAGAAGGAAAAGACAAAGGCUCAGAAGGAAACAAUUGCAAAGCUGGAGGCUGAGCUGAGCCGCUGGCGCAAUGGAGAGAAUGUGCCUGAGACAGAGCGCCUGGCCGGGGAGGAUGCAACCUUGGGAGCUGAGCUCUGCGAGGAGACACCAGUGAAUGACAACUCCUCCAUCGUGGUGCGUAUUGCACCCGAGGAGCGGCAGAAGUAUGAGGAGGAAAUCCGCCGCCUCUACAAGCAGCUCGAUGACAAGGAUGAUGAGAUCAACCAGCAGAGCCAGCUCAUAGAGAAGCUCAAGCAGCAAAUGCUGGACCAGGAAGAGCUGCUGGUGUCCACUCGAGGUGACAAUGAGAAGGUCCAGCAAGAGUUGAGCCACCUGCAGUCGGAGAACGAUGCUGCUAAGGAUGAGGUGAAGGAAGUGCUGCAGGCCCUGGAGGAGCUGGCUGUGAACUACGACCAGAAGUCCCAAGAGGUGGAAGAAAAGAGCCAGCAGAACCAGCUUCUGGUGGAUGAGCUGUCUCAGAAGGUGGCCACCAUGCUGUCCCUGGAGUCUGAGUUGCAGCGGCUACAGGAGGUCAGUGGACACCAGCGAAAACGAAUUGCUGAGGUGCUGAACGGGCUGAUGAAGGACCUGAGUGAGUUCAGUGUCAUCGUGGGCAACGGGGAGAUUAAACUGCCAGUGGAGAUCAGUGGGGCCAUUGAGGAGGAGUUUACCGUGGCCCGACUCUACAUCAGCAAAAUCAAAUCGGAGGUCAAGUCUGUGGUCAAGCGGUGCCGGCAGCUGGAGAACCUCCAGGUUGAAUGUCAUCGCAAGAUGGAAGUGACUGGGCGGGAGCUCUCAUCUUGCCAGCUCCUCAUCUCCCAGCAUGAGGCCAAGAUCCGCUCACUUACAGAAUACAUGCAGAGCAUGGAGCUCAAGAAACGGCACCUAGAAGAGUCCUAUGACUCCCUGAGUGAUGAAUUGGCCAAGCUCCAGGCCCAGGAAACAGUACAUGAAGUGGCCCUGAAGGACAAGGAGCCAGACACACAGGAUGCAGACGAAAUGAAGAAGGCCCUGGAGCUACAGAUGGAGAGUCACCGGGAGGCCCACCACCGGCAGCUGGCCCGGCUCCGGGAUGAGAUCAACGAGAAGCAGAAGACCAUCGAUGAACUCAAAGACCUGAAUCAGAAGCUCCAGUUAGAGCUAGAGAAGCUUCAGGCUGACUAUGAGAAGCUGAAGAAUGAAGAACAUGAGAAGAGCACCAAACUCCAGGAGCUGACAUUUCUGUACGAGCGACAUGAGCAGUCCAAGCAGGACCUCAAGGGUCUGGAGGAGACAGUUGCCCGGGAACUCCAGACCCUCCACAACCUUCGCAAGCUGUUCGUUCAAGACGUCACGACUCGAGUCAAGAAAAGUGCAGAAAUGGAGCCCGAGGACAGUGGGGGGAUUCACUCCCAAAAGCAGAAGAUUUCCUUUCUUGAGAACAACCUGGAACAGCUUACAAAGGUUCACAAACAGCUGGUACGUGACAAUGCAGAUCUGCGUUGUGAGCUUCCUAAAUUGGAAAAACGACUUAGGGCUACGGCUGAGAGAGUUAAGGCCCUGGAGGGUGCACUGAAGGAAGCCAAGGAGGGCGCCAUGAAGGACAAGCGCCGGUACCAGCAGGAGGUGGACCGCAUCAAGGAGGCUGUUCGGUACAAGAGCUCUGGCAAGAGGGGCCAUUCUGCUCAGAUUGCCAAACCCGUCCGACCUGGCCACUACCCAGCAUCUUCACCCACCAACCCCUAUGGUACCCGAAGCCCUGAGUGCAUCAGUUAUACCAACAGCCUCUUCCAGAACUACCAGAAUCUGUACCUGCAGCCUGCACCUAGCACCACCUCAGAUAUGUACUUUGCAAACUCCUGUACCGGCAGUGGGACCAUGUCUUCUGGCAGCCCCUUGGCUUCCUACCAGAAGGCCAACAUGGACAAUGGAGUGAUCUGCCAUGCGGCUAUGAGGCUGAGGACCAGGCCAAGCUUUUCCCUCUCCACCAAGAGACUGCGGCCAGCUAAUCUCCCACUGGACUGCUGCAUACCUGCACUUUCAGUUCCCUUCAGAGGUACAGCAUUUCAGAGAAGCUACUUCACCCCGAGCCUAGUAGUUGCACUCACUCAGCCUGUGGUCUUAACUGCAUCCCCGUCGUUGGCUGGAGUGAUGGUGUUUGCUAUCAAUGAGCUCAGCCAGGUGCCUCCCCCGGUGAUGCUGCUGCCAGAUGACUUUAAGGCCAGCUCCAAGAUCAAGGUUAACAAUCACCUUUUCCACAGAGAAAAUCUGCCCAGUCAUUUCAAGUUCAAGGAGUAUUGUCCGCAGGUCUUCAGAAACCUCCGUGAUCGUUUUGGCAUUGAUGACCAGGAUUACUUGGUGUCCCUUACCCGAAGUCCUCCAAGUGAAAGUGAAGGCAGUGAUGGCCGCUUCCUUAUCUCCUAUGAUCGGACUCUGGUCAUCAAAGAAGUAUCCAGUGAGGACAUUGCUGACAUGCAUAGCAACCUCUCCAACUACCACCAGUACAUUGUGAAGUGCCAUGGCAGCACGCUGCUGCCCCAGUUCCUGGGGAUGUACCGGGUUAGCGUGGACAAUGAAGACAGCUACAUGCUUGUGAUGCGCAACAUGUUUAGCCACCGUCUUCCUGUGCACAGGAAGUAUGAUCUCAAGGGCUCUCUAGUGUCCCGGGAAGCCAGCGAUAAGGAAAAGGUUAAAGAAUUGCCCACCCUUAAGGAUAUGGACUUUCUCAACAAGAACCAGAAAGUUUACAUUGGGGAAGAGGAGAAGAAAGUAUUUCUAGAGAAGCUAAAGAGAGAUGUGGAGUUCCUAGUACAGCUGAAGAUCAUGGACUACAGCCUUCUGCUGGGCAUCCAUGACAUCGUUCGGGGCUCUGAACCAGAGGAGGAGGGGCCUGUGCGGGAGGAGGAAUCCUCCGAGGGGGAUGGGGACUGUGGCCUGACUGGACCUCCUGCUCUGGUGGGCUCCUAUGGCACCUCUCCUGAGGGUAUCGGUGGCUACAUCCAUUCCCAUCGGCCCCUGGGCCCUGGAGAGUUUGAAUCCUUCAUCGAUGUCUACGCCAUCCGGAGUGCUGAGGGGGCCCCCCAGAAGGAGGUGUAUUUCAUGGGCCUCAUUGACAUCCUGACACAGUAUGAUGCCAAGAAGAAAGCAGCUCAUGCAGCCAAAACUGUCAAGCAUGGGGCUGGGGCAGAGAUCUCUACUGUCCAUCCUGAGCAAUAUGCUAAGCGAUUCCUGGAUUUUAUUACCAACAUCUUUGCCUAAGAGACUCUGGUGACUGCUGCUUAAUGUUCAGUGUGGUAGGGUUCUGAGAGGCUUGGGGGAAUUGUGGAUAUUCUAGCCACUACUUCUCUUCCUCUUUGCUAAAUUCAGGCUAUAGGCUCCUUCCAUCUAGAUAACUCCAUCUUGUUGAGUAGGCUCUCUUGGCCCUCAGAAAUACAUCAUCCUUUCUCUCCUUUGUCCAGUUUUCUUCCUCUUCCUCCUCUCCAGGAAUUCCCCUUGCUUCAUUAGAGUGUUUAUGUUGACUCUUUCCAAGUGCCUUGAUCUUUGUAAAAUGUCCUGUUGUUUCUAUAACAUAGGAGGAGCUAGGGGAAGGGGGUUGUUUGCCAUCAUCAGCACCCGACUGGACAGAUGGACCUGGCUCAAGCAACUACUCUGGAUGCACUUUGCUGCGUGGGAUGGACUAAGAGUGUCUGAAUUUUGCUGAUAACUGUAUAGAACUCACUGUGGCAUGCUUCCUUCCAGUAGGCCCUGGGAUGGAAGACUCAAGAUACUACGGAUGUGGGUGCGGGAAUGCACACAUACGAUGAGACAUGCCAGUCUUACAUGGAAGGGGGUGGAGAGAGGUCAGCAGGCUGGGCCCUCACGGAGGUGGACUCAUGUGAUUAUGCAGGGAACUGGAGGUCUCCAUCAAGGAUUAACGACUCUCCAAUCUCUUGCCUCACCCGACUUCCACCCUCUAUCCCUGUACUUCUGGGUGCAGGAGUCCAGAAACGGAUAACCAAAAAGUGUUCAAGCCAGGGUGAAGGUGUUUGGCUGUUGCUGCUCUUCCCCAGGACCUAAUAUCCCUCCUGGUGCUGGAACCUUUCAGUGUGGAUAUGGCCAUUUCUUGAGGCUAGGAUAAUGGGCCAGGGUUAUAAGGUUCAUCCCCACAUUAAAUUUCCUUUCUUCAUGUCUA